AUGAUUCUAGUGGAUGGUGAGAAGUAUGCUUGCCAGCAGUGUAUCAGAGGACAUCGAUCUUCAACCUGCAAACAUAUAAAACGACCGCUUGUGCUAGUACGGUCCAGAGGCAGGCCUUUGACUGAUUCUUUCCAGCGUAUUGCAAUUUUCGCCGAAGAGAUACAAGAUGAAGAUGAAAAAAAAAAGGUACUUGAUAAGGAAAAAAAUCCAGGAAAUAACCUUUUGGCAGCCAAGAGAGUUGAAAAGCGUGAAGCAUCAUGCUGUCAUAAACCAAACUCGAAGUCAUCCUCGACUCAGAGUUGUUGCGCUUCAAAGGAACCAGUGAAUUUAAAAGAGGUAAAGAAAGUUUCUGAGAAUCCCUCUGUCAAAACCAACUGUUCCUGUUGUGCUACUGGUGCUGCUUCCUCAAGUUGCAAAAAGCAUUCAAGUCCUGUUUAUGUGCUCAAAGCUUCCAAACGUCAAGUUUACAACGUCGAAAAGGACUCUCUUCGAUUAUUGGAUCCGGUUGUGGAGAUACCCAAUAGCAAAGUGGGUUUGGACAUUAUACAGAAAGUUUCCAAAAACAAAAAGAUGUACUCUUGUAGGGAUAAGCGGAUCAAAGAGGAGCUUAUUCGCAGUGUCGUUUAUCCCACCAAACAUACCCCUAAUUCCUCCUGUUGCAGCAAUAAAAACAUCACUGAGCUCAAGCAGCUAAACUUGGGUAAAGACGGAAACUCUGCUGAUACAAAUAAUACACCAUUUGUUUACCAAUUUCAACUGUCUAUGAACAAGCCAAACAAAUUAUCCAUUGACAAAAAGUCAGCAAACAGAAUUACGCCCGAGGUUAAUAUUAUUGAUCCUAAUUUUUCUUCUUUGAAGCAGAAGGUUGAUGUUGAUGAUUUAGGCCAGUUUUCUCCUGGCUCGAGUGAGUUCGAAUAUCCUAGCAAUAUUAUUAGGUCUUCUGCAAAUGCGUUUGAAUUUGUCUCUGCGCCGUCUUACUCUUCUACAUCUAAUAAUGGGAGUACGGAGAUGCCAAAUUCAACUCUGCCUGAUAUUUCCAACAGUCUAUUAUAUGACUUGUAUAUUGCUGAAUCGUGUACUGUUCCCGGAUCAUGUUCUUGUGAAGCGGAGUCAUGUGCUUGUCCAGAUUGUACAGAGCAUGGCAAAUAUAGAAAUUCCAGCUUGACAGUUAAACAACAGUUUGAGGAAUAUCCAUUUCCCAUUAAUGAUGCCCCUAGUUCAGCUGAUAACACUUCGCAUAAAGAGAUACAUGGGAUAAGGCCUUAUGGGAAAGUCGAGAUGCAGCCAUCCUCUGUUCCUUUGUUUGAGCAAACAUUUUUGAAGGUUUUGGGAAGUCAGGUAAUAGAAGAAUCACGACAAAACCCCUUGGGAAUCCCUGAGGAAAAUAACUCACCAAAUACCGAGAUGGAUGAAUGCUAUUGCGAGCCAGACCAAUGUUGUUGUUACAAUUGUAUUGAGCAUGGCAUAAUCAAUGGUAUCCGAAUUUCUGAUGGGGUAUGCAUAGCCGAAGGAGAAAGAUCUAGCCCGCAAGAGAUACAGCUCUUAGCAUCACAGUUCCCGCUCUAUGCUAAUUCUCCAACAUCUUCCUCACGUUCAACUCCGGCUGUAAUGUCUGCGUCUGAGUCUGAGGAAUAUCUCAAAAACCCGUUUCCUUCAAACCUGAUGGAAGCUCGAAUAAAUGCGAGUAACAAUAGCGCUGAUUCGAACCACUUGGUGAAGGAAUCAGUACCUGACAGAGAACAAUGGAUGCGAUAUCAUAACAACAUGUAUGCAUGUCAUAUAGAUAAUGCACACGAUUUCAUACAAGAGGGGAACGGAUAUAAGACGCUUAACCCUUCCACAGAUGGUCAUCCAGCUUCUGUGAAUUCACAGGAUGAAACGAUACGAACUUUGCUUAAUCACUAG